GCCCAUUCUGGUCUGCAUGGGGUACCUCGCUUUCUGCUACGUGGGUCCCAAGGUGAUGGCGAACCGGAAGCCGUUCGACUUACGGAGGCCGCUGAUUGCGUGGAACUUCUUGCUCUCGGCUUUCUCCUUCGUUGGGAUGAUGAGGACGGUGCCUCACCUGGUCCAAAUCCUUUACGUGUACGGGUUCAAGUAUACCAUUUGCGCCAAGCCCACGAUGUGGUACGGAUCCGGGGCCGUCGGGAUGUGGACUCAGGCUUUCGUUUUCUCGAAGAUCCCUGAACUGGGCGACACGAUCUUCGUCGUGUUGAGGAAAAAGCCUCUCAUCUUCCUGCACUGGUACCACCACGUGACGGUGCUGCUUUACUGCUGGCACUCGUACUUCGAGCAGACCACCUACGGCCUCUACUUUAUCAGCAUGAACUACACCGUGCAUGCGCUCAUGUACCUAUACUAUGGCCUCGCUGGCAUGAGAAUCCGCCUUUGCAAGCCUUACUACAUCACCACCAUGCAGAUCAGCCAGAUGGUUGUUGGCAUCGCCGUUUGCGUGGCAGGGGGCUACUACAUGGCCAUGGGCGAGACGAAGUUCAUUUCCAGGCCCAACUUCCAGGCCGGCGUCCUCAUGUACUUCUCGUACAUGCUGCUCUUCUUGCAGUAUGCGCUAGGCCGCUUCUUGCCCAAGGCUGGGAAGAGCAAGGUGUCGAAGGGAGGAGGAGGCUCCGGGGCGGGAAAGCCUAAAACAGCUGCUUCUGGUGAUGGCGGUGCGGGUGCCGCAUCUUCGGUCGACCGAAAACCACGAUCAAAGGCGGAGUGA